UAGUUUGUUUUUGGCGAAGAAGACGAAGAAGAAGAAGAAGAAGAAGAAGAAGUAGUGCGAGCCACAACAAAAACAGUGCUAGCAGCAAAGGAAUGCGACGCUUUCAGACUUGAAUCCAGCUGGAACACCGGAUGACAGCUGCUUUUCGGUUUUGCUUUUGGCCGAGCCACCGAAUGCAGACGAUUGUGCCGCUUUAAGAGUCCCGAUGCGGCGCACAGCUGCGCGUUCAUAUCUCGAUGCGCGGGUGACGGGUUAGCCUGCUCCAACUCUGUCGUCUUCGUCGUUUUUGUUUCAUGUCACUGGCGUCAGGGCCCGAGCGCAAACAUGGAGCGCUUGUACAAGCGCAAAAUGUUCGCUUCGAUGCGCAAAACCAAGACGGACCUGUCCAAGAAGCGGCAGAUCGGUCUGCCCGCCUCCAUCCUGGACGACACUGACGAGGGCUCCUUCUCCUCUUCGUCGUCGUCGUCCGGUUCCCAGUCCGACUUCCAUAGCUCCCCGGAGGAGGACAGCGACCAGGAGGAGUGGCAAAGGAGCGAUUCCGGAGCCACGUCCAGCGACGACAGCCGCGCCGUCACCCGCAGAAAGCGCUCUUUUCUGGGUGGCGACGAAACGUCCUCGUCCUCGUCCUCGUCCUCGUCCUCGAGCACUGCGAAGGAGCGAGACGACGACGACGACGGCGACGGCCAUGAUGGGGGGGAGAAGGAGGCGACGACCCAGCCGAAGAGGACGGUGCAGCCCAGGAAGCGGUGCAGGGUGCAGCGGCACGACGAUUCGGACUCGGACCGCGCGGAUGAGAAGCGGAGAGAGGAGGAGGAGAAGGCGAAGAGGAGACAGAGACACAACAAGCUGCUGGCUCUGUCCCGCAGGAUGAAGGCCCGCCUUCCCAGCCGACGGAGGAACCGCGUGAAACAGCCUGAGGAAGAAUCAAAAGAAGCGGAAGGUGGGGCUCCUCACGGAGAUGAGGAUGGAGGAAAUAAUGGCAAGGCUGACGCUUCGGGUGGAGAAGGAGCAGAGAAAGAAGAAGAGGAGAAAGAGGAAGAGGCGGUGAAGGAAUAGAUUCGAGCCUGCAGUGAAGGCUACAAGAUGUGGACUUGGAAUGUGGAAAUAUUGCAGUGUUAUUUUGGAGUUGAAAUGGAACUCUGUACAGCGUUUUGUCUCCUCCUGCAGCGCUUGUGAAAGAAGCCGCGUGAUGGACGAUCCCUUGCUCCCGAGACUGGCAUCGCUAAUAAGCAUCGGCGAGGCGCACAGAGUUACGGGAGAACCUUACGCACCUGACACGGCUCAUCCCGCAAUAGCAGUGGACCCUGAGGUCGGACUGGAUUUGUCGUUUCAGGCCUAUCGCACCCUAAAAGUGAACACUGAGGAGUCUCCUUGUUUUCAUAUCCCCCGCCUCCCCGCCUCCCCAAUCUUUCAGUCGUUCAUAUGAACGAGCCAAAUUCGGAUCUUUCUGUAAAUAAGAACGAUCCUAUUUGUAUCGGGGCAAAUGCUCCCGAUUGAAAAGAUUCAAAAGGGUGCUCGUUCCCAGGACAGCAGAAAUAUCAACGUUAUCGCUUGACGAUAUCUGAAGUCGAAUGAAAGGGGACGUGUUAUGCAAAUGUUCAAGUGCACGCUGUUACCUUUGGAAAAAUAGACACAAUUGUAUGCUCCAAAAACGCAGUUUGGUUUUGUUUUUAAACAUCCAUUGCUCCUUCCUUGUUCCUUGUUUAGCCUCUAAGUGCUAAAACUACAAUAUUUUGCAUGAUGUCUGCCUGCGCUGAGAUCGCAUUUCAGGGUUUUGUGAACAUUUUAAUUUGGAAAUAUUCAUAUUUAGUCGAUUCCCAAUUUUGGAAUCAAAAUGAGCUGAACUUUUGUAGCGUAUAAGAUGCGGGAAGCUUAACUGCUUGUUAAUAACUGUGCUGCUCUUUAAAUCGCUGCUAUCUUAUGAACCUCCUUUAAGACACGUCGGCUUCAUUGAAGUUAAACCCUGCACUUAAAUAGUUCUUAAUGUUUUCCAAAUGCAUAUUAGGUCCCCCUAAGGUUUGCUGCAGCUGUGGUAACCAUGACAUUUAUUGUUUUUUUUUUUUUUUUUGAACUUUCGGGGCGUCAGAUUGCCUAAAAGUUCAAUGCCUGUAAAUCAGCAUUCACUUGAAGGAAUCAGCAGCUUCUGAGGGUUGACAGUACCGAGUACUGAAGUGUCGCCUUCGAGCAAACUCUCCUAAUGCGUCGUCGGUGUCAACGAAGAAGAUUGUGUUCGUUUACUGGGUGAGAAGUAAGAUAAGAGGCCCUGUCCGUGAUCAUGACUCCGAACAAGUCAAUCACAGAGCUUCUCUUUUGUGUGUGUGUGUGUGUGUGUGUGAACAUGCAGUAUUAGGAGAAAUUGAAUACACUUAUUUGACAAAGUGUUUGUCUUUCGUUGCUUGAAUUUGUGUUUAAAAAAAACAACAACAAGCAGCAACCAAAAAGAGUAGGCCUGCAUUGUACACGCAUUUUCCCACGAGCUUAUUCAUCAUGAGUUGACAUUCGCCGCUGCUCUUUUUUUUGCAGAGUCCUAAAGGGGAAUCCUUUUUUUUCUUCUGUUCGGAACAGUCGGAACGGACAGUUUUUUUUGUUCCGUUUUUGACAGACGUUGAUUGGCAACAAAUGCUUUGGACUGUGAGGCCAGCAGACAAUGUUACCUAUUGCAGACAUUUCUCGGACUUGUAGUUGAUGAGAAUAAUGGUGGAAAAUGAUUCAAAUAAACUCUCAGUCCCGUGGCCACUUUUUAGAACCCGAAUGAGUCUCAGACACAAAAACAAAAAAACAAACCACCGAAUGUGAUCGCUUUCUUACAUGUCCAAUAAAGGUCAGCUUUGGCUCUUUUUUCUUUUGUGGUCAUGGAACAAAAAUGUUAGUGGGGAAUUGAAUUUGGAUUGGAUGCAUUUUGCAUUGCUGCCCCUUUUCUUUCCUGCUGUGGUCGAUGAUCAUGUAUUUAUUUGUGGGCCUCCGGCUGAAGGCAAACAAGCAGUACUUUCUCUCAUCACAAAUGUCCUCUUGUUCUUUACCCGAAUGACAUUUUGGUUUGAUCCAACUUUGCUCUAGUUUACGCGCAGUGCCAAUGUGGUUAAGUUGUGAUUUGUCUGCACAACGUUCAAAGACACAGCACACAUUGUUUGGCGAUAAACGAAAUGUUUUCAUUCGUCAGCAGCGUCACUGUUUUUCAGCCCGAAGAUUUUGAGGCCUUGAGUGUUUUCUUAAUUUUGUCCCAUGUGCUAUCAGUGCUGUGUAUAUGUUUUCUGAGCGCGUUUCUGGUGGCUUUUGUUCUGUAUGAAACAUUGAGAACCAGCCUGCUUUCUCAAGUCAACUUCAUGACGAAUAACAUUUCUGUUUCAUGACCCAAACGUGUUUAGCGUGGUUACCACAAUGCAAUAAAGUAUCAGUAAAAGUAUCGGUUUGGA